CAACUCAUCAGAAACCUCCAACACCCAGGGGCCCAACAACAACAAGAGGGAGACAGAGGCUUCCAUCGGUCCUUGCUCCGCCAUGGCCGACCGGGAUGCUGCAUCACGGCGAGGGGCCGACGACGAGGAGCGCCGCGCGGGCCUCCUCAACGGCGGCGCGAAGAAGGCGGACUGGCAGGUGCUGUCCGCCGCCGCCGCCGCCGGAGAGGAGGACGAUGACGACGAGCAGAAUACUAAGCUCGGGCGGAGGGUGUGGGCGGAGUCGAAGAAGCUGUGGGUGAUCGUGGCGCCGGCCAUCUUCAGCCGCGUCGUCACCUUCAGCAUGAACGUCAUCACGCAGGCCUUCGCGGGCCACAUCGGCGACCUCGAGCUCGCCGCCAUCUCCAUCGCAAACACCGUCGUCGUCGGAUUCAACUUCGGCCUCAUGCUUGGCAUGGCGAGCGCGCUAGAGACGCUGUGCGGUCAGGCGUUCGGGGCGAAGAAGUACCACAUGAUGGGCGUGUACAUGCAGCGUUCGUGGAUCGUGCUGUUCGGGUGUGCCGUCCUCCUCCUCCCCAUGUACCUCUACGCGGAGGACGUGCUGCUGCUGACGGGGCAGUCCCCGGAGCUAUCGGCCAUGGCGGGGAAGGUCUCGGUCUGGUUCAUCCCGCUGCACUUCUCCUUCGCCUUCAUGUUCCCGCUGCAGCGGUUCCUGCAGUGCCAGAUGAAGAACUUCGUCAACGCCGCCGUGUCCGGGAUCGCGCUCUGCGUGCACCUCUUCGUCAGCUGGCUCUUCAUCACCAAGCUCGGGUACGGGCUCGUCGGCAUCGCCCUCACGCUCAACUUCUCCUGGUGGGCCACCGGCGCCAUGCUCUUCGCCUACGUCGCCUGCGGCGGCUGCCCCGAGACGUGGCACGGCUUCUCCUUCGAGGCCCUGGCCGACAUCUGGGACUUCGUCAAGCUCUCAACCGCGUCAGGGGUUAUGCUAUGCCUCGAGAACUGGUACUACAGAAUACUCGUCCUUCUGACCGGGAACCUGAAGAACGCGGCUAUCGCGGUGGAUGCGCUCUCCAUCUGCAUGACGAUUAACGGAUGGGAGAUGAUGAUUCCAUUGGCGUUCUUCGCGGGCACUGGAGUUCGGGUGGCGAACGAGCUGGGCGCCGGGAACGGGAAGGGCGCGAGGUUCGCGACGAUCGUGGCGACGCUGACCUCGCUGGUGAUCGGGCUAUUCUUCUGGGUGCUGGUCAUGGGACUCCACGACAAGUUCGCGCUCAUCUUCACCUCCAGCGCCGUCGUGCUGGACGCCGUCAACAACCUCGCCAUCCUGCUCGCCUUCACCAUCCUACUCAACAGCAUACAGCCCGUGCUAUCAGGUGUGGCUGUUGGGUCUGGGUGGCAGUCCAUGGUGGCCUACGUCAACAUCGGCAGCUACUACAUCAUCGGCCUCCCCUUGGGCAUCCUACUCGGCUGGUUCUUCAACCUUGGCGUCCUGGGGAUAUGGGCGGGCAUGAUCGGCGGAACCGCCGUCCAAACCCUGAUUCUGGCCAUCAUAACCAUACGGUGCGACUGGGAGAAGGAGGCCUUGGUCGCAAGCACGCGCAUGGACAAGUGGUCGGAGGUGCGCUGAUGGAAAGAGCAAAUAUCGGCCGGGGCAUCUGGUAAGCAUAAGUGAGGCCGGAGGGAUGGUCUCUGGGUUUUCCCAUUCGGAUCGAAGGGCAAGAGGGCUAUGAUGCUCGCACUUCAGACACGGAUGCAUGGGAGAGUGGCUUCAAGCGGUUAGGCUCUCGCACGCGGUGGUGGUGGCGGUGGCUUUGUUUGUUUAUAUGUGUGCAAGUAAUUUGUACACCGAUUUUGAUCUUCGUAUGUCUUUAGCCGUUUACUUAUUGCUCGUAUCUAAGCAAUUGUACGACUAAUUGGACUGAAGGUGAUUCUUUCUCUUCUUUCUGGAUGUUGCGUUUGCUCGUGUUUCCAAGAAAGGAAAAAUGUUUGGACUUCAA